AUGAGCGAGAGAGAGGGGAAAGAAUACGAUAAAAAAGAUGAGGAAGAUGACAAGAAAGAAGAGAAGAAAGAUGACAAGAAAGACGAGAAAGACGAGAAAGACGAGAAAGACGAGAAAGAUGACGAUGAUGACGAUGACGAUGACGAUGAUGACGAUGACGAUGAACCUGAUGAAUGGGAUCAACGAAUCAUGAAAACUGGAUGUGCCGAAGAAAACUUGGCUCUACAACUAUGUCAUUACGAUAAGCAAGACUGGAGACAGUGUAUAGAUGAGGUGAUGUGUGACGCUCAAAGCAAACGACUGCAGUCUCUAGUUAGAGUAAAACAGCAAUGGAAAGAGAUAAUACGGAAGUAUUCCGAACUUGGAGAGAAUGAGCAAGGGGAUUUAAUAGAUUUGAGGACAGGAAAGAUACUUGAGGAUUUUGGUCAUUUACGUUCGAUGAAGGACUCUACUAAGGAGAAGGAAAAUGUUUGGAAGAGUUUGUUUAUAGCGGAGGUGAAACAGAAGCAAGAGGCUGUCAAGGCUGCUGAAGAUACUAUAUUGUUCAAUACGCUGGUCAAGAAGAAAAAGCCCGAUGGAAUGAUAGAAUCGAUUCCUAUACUGACAGAUUCCGAAGAAGAAGCUAGAGAAGAAGAGUAUUAUGAUGAACUGGUGCUUGAGGAUCCGAAUUUCUUCAGUUCGAUGCGUCAUUACGCGAUUACUACACGGUCCAAGUUGUCCCAGGAGGACAAUCUUACCGUCACGCCCUGUAAGGGUCAAUAUACAGAGAUCUAUUACCCCAGUGAGAGUGAGAGUGUUACGAAAAAAACAAAAGCAAAAACAAAGCCUCAUGGAGCACUCAUUAGAAGAGUUAGAAGACCGAAUAAAGGCAAUGUCAUAAUGGACGAUCCGUUGAUCUUCAAAGUUCCUCUAUAUGAUAAUCAUAAGACCUAUCAGUUGGGUAGAAGUGGUUCGUUAUUUAAAUCGAUGCCCCGAAAUUACUCCGGGCCGCUUCUUACACCAAGUAAGGUGAGGCGACUCAAAGAUGCGUUACAGAAGUGUAAUCUACAUGGGGGUAACGGGCAUCUGAAGAGAUUGAUCUGGAAAUCCAAAGGUGGAAGGGUUUAG